AUGGCCUGCAUGGCGCCGAAGAAGGCUGUCAUUUUUUUUUCUUUUUGCGGUCAUUACACUGCUUCUAUAAUCUCUGGGGCAAUGGAGGGAGAAAGAGGUUUCCGGAACUUGCCAUCAUCUCGAGGAUCAUUUCUCGCGGAGAAAGCUUCUACUUCGCGCCUAAUCUAG